AGUUGAAUAACCUCAAAAAAGUGGUCGGCAGUGAUCGGCCACAGAAUGCGCCGAAUUUACUUAAAAGAGCAACAAAUUGAAAUAUAUUCAUAAAAAAUAACGUCUCUAUUUGAUUAUAAUAUGCUUCCAUCAAAAAUUGCUGCAUCCUUUUGAUUUGUAGAAAUUUUCUUGUUAUUGUGUUGUGUUCUAGUGUGCAAUUUUUAGCUGAAAAUAACUAAUCAAGAUGUCUGGUCCUCCUCAUCAUUUUUUACCAAAUUUAACUAAUGCACAAGCAGGUAUGCGUUCACAAUUUGGAGGAAAUUCAAUGCAAAACCAAAUGGGGGGCAUACAGAACCAGUUGACAAGUCAGUUGGGUAGUCAAAUGCCAGUACAAAUGUCUGGACAGAUGGGACCUCAAAUGAGCAAUCAGAUUGGGCCACAAAUGGGUACUCAAAUGGCUCCUCAAAUAGGGAAUCAAUUGGGUCCCCAAAUGGGACCUCAGAUUGGAAGCCAAAUGGUUCCCCAAAUGCCUACAUCAUUAAAUAAUCAAAUAAAUCCAAAUAUGCCUGUUAAUAGUCCUAUUAUUGGUCAGUUAGGACAACAAUAUAACAUGAAUUCUAACACUCAGAUGGUACCACACCAAAGUCCAUUGCAAAUCCAAGGAACUGGUGCUUUGCAGCAUCAUACCAUGCAACAACAACAAGUACUACAACAACCUCCUGUAGUUCCCACACCACCUGUAGUACCACAACAACAACAACAGCAGCAACAACAGCAGCAGCAGCAGCAGCAACAUCAGCAACAACAACAACAACAACAACAGCAGCAGCAGCAGCAACAACAACAGCAGCAGCAGCAGCAACAACAGCAACAACAGUCAAAAGAAUUUAAUACAGCCUCUCUCUGUCGCAUUGGUCAAGAAACUGUUCAGGAUAUAGUUAGCAGAACACAGGAAGUCUUCCAAACACUAAAAACCAUCCAGCCUCCAAAUGGUACUCCACAGGGUACUAAUACAAGUAACGAGAAAAAAGUGAAAGUGCAAGAACAACUUCGUACAAUCCGUGUCCUCUUCAAAAGGCUUCGUCUGAUAUAUGAAAAGUGCAAUGAAAAUUGUCAACUGCAAGGAAUGGAAUACACUCAUAUUGAAAGUUUAAUUCCUUAUAAGGACGAAAUUGACCCUAAACAUGAGGAAAAGAAAAACCACGAGUCUUAUAGACUUGCCUGUGAAGAGAGUAAGGAUGUUAUGGAGCAGGUAGUUUUGAAAAACAGGCAACUCAAAGAAGUAAUAGAUCAUUUACGUAGAAUUAUUUGGGAAAUUAAUACUAUGCUUUCCAUGAGAAAGUCAUAAAUAUUGCAUUAUAUAAUUUUGGAGUUGUUAGCGUUUAGUUUUUUUUUUGUAUCAUUAAUAAGUUGUUUGUUAAGAGAGCUAUUUCAUUUUUAUUUAUUUAAUGAAUUUGGGACAGUUCUUGCAAAAACUAACAUUUUCUUUAUGUUACAGCUGUGAUAAAAUGAUAAAUUUCUCAUUCAUUCUCUAGAUUAUGGUCGUAUGUCUAUGUGUAAUUUAGAAAUUAUAAUACGCGGUAUUUCAUAUUUAAUUAUAACAUUAGUAGAAUGGCGAUAUCUAAAAUUAUAAAGUUGCGGGUUAAAACGUUUCUUGAGAGAAAUAAUUAUGCAGUCGUUUUAUUCCCAUCCAGAGCCAAAAAAAGUUCAAAUUAUUGAUAAUGUGGAUGUAUAACUAUUAAGUAUUUGGUUUUAGGCAGCUGUAUAUAAAUGAAAAUAAAUAGUUAUAUCCAUAUGAGAAUUAAAUUUUGUAUACUUUUAAUUUUAUUCCAAUUCAGUGAACUUAGCAAUGCAGUGGUUACAAAUUGACAUUUAGAGGUUUUGCUACUGUUUCUUGCAUAAUUUUCAGAUGGAUUUAACUACUAAAAUUCAUUUUUCUGUACAAAAUUGUCUGUUAUUUGUAGUACUUAUGGAUAAGGUAAUUGUGUGCUUUCUUUGUUUGAUGAAAUUAAUAAAAAUCAGUUUAGUAGCCAAUGAGUUAUAAUAAAAGUACAAAUUGGUAAUUGGCAAAAUAAUAAAGAUGGAUAAAUUUCAAAAACAAGAUUGUAAUUGGUAAGUGUACAUUGUGAAUUGUCUAAAAUAAUUCUUUUAAUAGCUAAAUGUGCAGAUGUUAUAAUGUAUAUUUUUGAACUUAGACCAUACAGAAAUUAUUACUAAAUGGUUGUUAAAAAUGGGAUUUAAUGUAAAGCUUAAAUGUUAAAUUAACUAUAAAUUCGAGAUUAAAUGUUCAAAUGUGAGGGAAAAAGAUAUUGUUUUUUGAUAGUUAGUAGAUAUAAUUAAAUUAUUUUAUUUAAUGUGUAACUUGUUAGGCAAGAAGUAGUUGUAAUGCUACUUCAAACGAACACUAUUAUUUUUCUAUUGUAAACAAUUAAUUUGCCUAUUUGUCAAAAAGUGAAGUGUAAAACAUUAAUUUCUAAAUUACAUAAUCUACUAGUAUAAUUGUACCUCUUCCACUGUAAUUCACAAGAAGUAAUUAUCAAUAAAUACCCUAAUUUUUUA